UAAGAAAUCAUGUCUGGAUCUCAGGGAAAAGGAUGGCAGGAUGUGGAAGGACACAAGGAUGCUGAAAAAAAAAAUCCUGAUCAGCCACUUCUUAUUGAGGAAAUUAUUGAGGAAAUUAUUGAGGUGGAAGAGAGAAACAGGGAACAAUUGAGGAGAAUGGUUUAAAUAUCAUAUCUGCAAACGUGUCUUGCCCAGCCAAGAAGAAUAUGACCAGCCCAUCUCUGCCCUCUCCUCUAGGACCAGGCCUUCAAUUUUUUGUGCCCUUUGCCUCCUGGACUCUUUCAUGAUGGUUUUUAUAUCACUUGCCAGAUUUUUUUUCUAGCUGGAGGUUCAAAUAAGUUUUCUCAUUAAAAAAAAAAAAAAUAUAACAAAAAAACCCUUCUGUGAAUGUUGUCUUGUUUGUAGACCUUUGAAUUCAUCUAAGAUUUUCAAGUGCCUUGUGGGGAGCUAGGCUGUCCCUGUCAAGAGUGGAGCUCAGGGGAAAGCAAGUGCAUGUUCUAUUAUCUCUUUUUUAAGAUUUACAAUGCUGUGAGGAUAGCAAUAACAUCUUCAGUACUUAAGAAAGAAGCUCAGCUUCAGUGUCCAAGUGUUUUAUCUGUGUCAAGUUUUUGUCUCUGAACAACUUUUGGUAUAUUGGAUAUUUUCCUUGCUUGGUGGUAUCAGAAGCAUUAUUAACUUCUCCCAGUAUUGCUAAAAAUUGUGAACUGCUAUUUGAACCUCAGCCUCCUUGCAUUUGGGUUUGUGCAAUCCAAUAAAAUUUGUUUUGAGAACUUUCAAACUAUUUUUGUAGAACUUUCAAGUAACUCAAGAACAAUUAAACCAGGAAAAUGCCAUGCUAAUUGUAGCUUAUUUGUCAUUACUGGUGUCCUUUGAUACUUGCCUCUCAUGAAGGGUUAGGUGAAUCAUUCAAUAUUACACAGAGAAUAAUACAGUGUGAGAAAAAAUGCAUGUUCCCCAAACAGGACUUGUGGAUGCAACACCCCUAUUUGAAAGUGUUUGAAUGUGAAGAUUUAAAUAUUAUAUAUGCAAGUGCCCAUAGCACUUAUAACAGUAUUAAAACUAGGUUUUAAAGAGGCAAAAGUGCCUCCCUUAAGGCUCUAGUAUAUAACUACUAUUGUAAGAAUUAAAAAAAAAAAAAAAAAAAAAAAAAAAAAAAAAAAAAAGCAAAAAAAAGCUUAGUGAUCUUAACAUGAUUUCUAGUUAUUCCUAAUUUUGAGGAAUUAAUUGCAUUACAUGAACCUAUCCUGAUCACAGAUUUUCUUAAUCUCAAUCUGAGGUAAACAUAUCUUCAACACCAUAUAGACCUGAGUUUCCCUCUUAAAUACAGAAAGCCUUGAUCCAUAUUCAAGUACUUUUCUUGAGUCUCCCUGUUGUGAUGAAAUUGUUAUCUCAUCUUGUAUUAAUUUUGUCUAGAUAUGUAUAUAUUAUGAAUAUUUUUAUGCUAUAGCUUCUGGGGCAGGUUUUCUCAUAUAUUUUUGAGAAUUUUAAACUCUUUAAGUAAUACCUAAAACUUCCACCUCACUUCAAAGAAACUUCUUUGUUUGUGAGAAGGUGAUGUUACGCAAACUUUGCCCUGUCCAUAACAGCCUUUGAAAGUCAAAUACAGAAGUAAAUUUCUAGCAGUUCCUUAAGAAGCAAACUUUGUCCCCACCCUUCACGGGAAGGGAAGCAGCAGCUGUGAAACCCCUGUGCUUGCUUCUCUUGGCAUUCCUGACCUCCAGCUGUAUGGCCAUGCCUGCCAGCCCUGCUGUGGUGAGGAGCUGGGGUACAAACACACUUGGAAAAUCAGUCUAGAUACCACAUACAGCAGAGCCAGAGGCACCAGGUGAAGCAGUACCUGACCCUCGACACCAAGCUGUCCAGCCAGACGCUCUCGCUGUCCCACUCUCACUCCAUCCAGCCUGUGGGAGUGCCCUCCAUCCUCCGAAGCGGCCACAUGCCUCCCGUGAGCGGCGCUGGCACUCCGGACAGCCCUGUCACCAAGCUGCUGGCCCUCGGGGACCAGCACGAAAAUGCGAUGGAAGAAGUUAUUGAAGACAUAAUCAAUAUGGAAUCAAAUUUUAAUGAUGAAGGGAUAGGUUGUUCUGAAACUCCUUUACUAAUGCAAAGAACUCUAUCUAGCAGCAUUUUGGAUAUAUAUAACAGUGACCAGGGAAUGGCACCAGCUAAUAUGGGUCUCACAAAUGCUUCUUGCCCAGCUAAUCUACCAGUAAAAAGGGAGCUCACAGAAGCAGAUACAAGAGCAAUGGCAAAGGAGAGACAAAAAAAGGAUAACCACAAUCUCAUUGAGAGAAGAAGAAGGUAUAACAUUAAUUACCGAAUCAAGGAGCUUGGCACACUCAUCCCCAAGUCUAAUGAUCCUGAUAUGCGCUGGAACAAAGGAACUAUUUUAAAAGCAUCAGUAGAGUACAUCAAGUGGCUACAAAAAGAACAACAGAGAGCCAGAGAAUUAGAACACAGGCAGAAGAAAUUAGAGCAUGCUAACAGAAGACUUCUACUCCGAAUUCAGGAACUGGAGAUUCAGGCACGUGCACAUGGCCUUCCAGUCAUGUCUUCGCUCAGUGCUGUCGAUUUGGCUGCACAGGUCAUCAAGCAACAGUCUUAUCCAGAGGAGAACUCUGUGGACUACUCUCAACAAAUGCCUCUGGUACAUGGACAAAAUUCUGAUGUCUGCAAUGGAUCUACAGGCUUUUCUGAUCCACUCUCGCACUUCACGGAUUUGUCCUUCAGCGCAGCUUUAAAAGAAGAACAACGACUAGAGGAAAUUUUAUUGGAUGACACAGUGUCACCCUUUGGAACAGACCCACUCUUGUCCUCUACAUCUCCAGCUGCAUCAAAAGAGAGCAGCAGGAGAAGCAGCUUUAGCACAGAUGAUGGAGAUGAUUUAUAAAAGCAGAAAGGGUCCCAUACUUCUCUAAACCACCAUGUUAAAAGACUGAGCUGAACGUUACCGUGGUGUUUGCUCUUAUUUUAAAUAUCUAUAAGGAGAGACACUGUAAAAAUCAAUUACUACAUGACAAGGGUUUCAACCAGCCCUUACUUCACAAGAAAAUAAGAUGGACAUGAACUCCUAUCACUCUGCCCCAAAUUCACCCUCUGAUCCCAGCCUACAUUUGCAUAUCUCUUUUUUCACUGGGAAUAUUUUUACUAUCAUUUCAUGACUUUUUAUAUGAAAACAUAUACAUAUGAAAAUGGUAUACCCAUGGUAUACCAAAAGGUAUACUCAUGUUGCAAAACUGUAUUCAAACUCUUUUCAAUCUGCUUACACUUCUCUGCUACAAAUAUGAGUUUUAGUCAUUUGCUAAUUUCUUUAUUUUUUUAUAACUGAAAAUUCUACAAAAUGUGAAGCAACAGAGAACUAUUUAAGCUAGGAAUUGUAGAGUUGUUGUAGGCUUUAAAAUCUAAAAAAGCCAGAUGGUAAUGCUUUCACACAUGAAGUUUAAACUGUGUGGGCUUCUCUUUAAAAGGAGAAAAUCCAUUAGGCUUUCCAUGGAAUGCCAUUAGUGUUUUUUAAUUUCAUUUGUAGAAAAAGAACACUCUUUUAAGUAUUCUUUAAUAAAACAGAAGAAAAAUAGAAACAUAAUGACAGGGAUUCAAAUGAACUCAGACAGAAAAAGACACAGCAUUGCAGCAGAAAGGCUGUGGAUAUACAAGACAGCACAGACACUCCAUGUUACAGUCAGAACAAUUUAAAACAAGCACUACUUGUGACGGUGCUAUGUCAGCUACUUAUUCCAAGAAUAUUCAAACAGUGUCCUUUUUUAUGUGGAAGAAAUUGGAAUUCAGAUCCAACACUGGGCUGUUGGGUGACACUUCCAGUGUCCUUUGACAGCACAAUGAGGUUCUUCCAAAGGGACUCUAUCCAUACAUGUGCUUUUCAUCCAUUUGGAAGCAGAGGGAAAUGACAAGAUUCCCAUUACAUACACUAUAAAAAACAAGAAUUGAAUUUCAUAUUUGGCUUUGCACUCCCUGCAGAAAACAUGGAAAGGAAGAUUUCUCAAACUGAAGGGAAUAUUCAGAAAUGCUGAUGUGAUGCACUACCUCUCAUAACCAGCUUGCUAGAGGAGGCAUUCAGAAAACUCACUGCUGUACAGAGUGAAAUUCUGGAGAGUGACGUAUGUUCCUGAAGAACAUUAAGUGCAAUCAUUCCAAUUGUAAUAAUAAAAGAGGGGAAAAUAAAAUGGAACAGGUUCUUCAUAGCUCUUCCUCAAAGCCAAAAGAUCACAUUAGGGAGUUGUUAUGGUUUAACCUCAGGCAGCAACCAAGCCUCAUGCAGCCACUUGGUCACUGCCUGGCCAGAGUGACUGGGGAGAGAAUCAGAAGGGUAAAAGUGGGAAAACUCGUGGGUUGAGAUAAAGACAGUUUAAUAGGGAAAGCAAAAGCCAUGCACAAAAGUGAAGCAAAACAAGGUAUUGAUUCAUUGCUUCCCAUGGGGAGGCAGCUGUUCCGCCGUCUCCAGGAGAGCAGAGCCCCAUCACAUACUGUAAUGGUGAUUUAGGGAGUCAAAUGCCAUCACUCCAAAAUCUCCAGCCCUUCCUCCUCCUUCCCCCCACUUUAUACACUCAGCAUGAUUUGGUAUGGUGUGGAAUAUCCCUUGGUCAAUUGGGGUCACCUAUCAUGGCUGUGUCUCCUCCCAGGCACCCCCAACGUCCUUGUCAGUGUGUCAGUAGGAAAAGCAGAAAGGCCUUGGCUGUGUAAGCCCUGCUCAGCAACAAGAAAAACAUUUCUGUCCAGCACAAAUCCAAAAUACAGCCUCAUACUUGCCAUUGUGAAGAAAAUGAGCUCUACCCCAGUGGAAACCACAACAGGAGUUCCAUAAUGAUUCAAAAUAUGUUUCAAAAGUGUAUUAAUUUUGCUGUCACUGAGCCUGCCUCUCUCCAGAAGUGUCACAGGUUUGAAAAUAGUAAGAAGAGAUUAAAGGGGAUUACUUUUUGCCUUGACAUUUUAAGAUUUUAAAAUUAUACUAUCCAAAACCAGAACAAUUGUUUCUUACUGUUGCUUCUUUUGUUAUUGGUACCUGGGCCCUCCUAAAGUCAUUGUGAGCUUUGUGUUCCUGCCAGGCCACAGCACAUGCCUGACCAAUCCCGUAGUGUUACAAUAGUUUCAUAAUUGGAAAAUUAGCAGCUGGAUAAUAAAUCACAACCAGAUGGCUAUGAAAGAUGAUGGUGUGUCCAAUUUCACAAGAAUAUUUAUAAUUUUAGGGAUCUCAAGGCUUUCUAUGAGUUUGUGCAAACUACUUGUAUGUAAGGUGACCUGUAAGCACAGACCUGACCAUUAGAAGAGGCUUUGAUACACUCACAUACAUGGAUAAAAGAAAAGACAACAGACAGAGUUCUGUAAUUUUCUUUUGUUUUGGUUCGGUGUUUUGUUUGGGAUGGGUUUGAUUUGUUUGUUUGUUUUGUUUUUUGGGGUUUUUUUUUGGUUGGCUGUUUUUUAAUCAAAGAUAGCUGGAUAUAGGACUGACCACCAUUUUAAUUGGAUUAAUUAAAAGAGGAACCACUUUGUCAUAGUUUUGUCAAAAGCAAUUGCUAAUUUUGACAACUGAAUUCAAAACAUGAUGAAUUAAAAGUAACCUUUAUGCCCAUAUUAUGCCUAGUGUAGUAUGAGUAUUGUCCAUUUCAGCUGACAAAAGGAAGGGUUAUUUGGUUGAUAUCAAAUGCCAUUUGUCCUUGUACUGCAGUUUCUACUACAUUAGUUUUAAAUACACCAGUGUGGAUUGCUCAUAAUGGAGAAAAAGAAAUUAAAUAUGAAUGUGUUACAUGAUUUUCCCAUUGAACUUUUACAUGUGAGUUAGACCAUACUUCUGAACUGUACUGACUUUAAAUAACAUCCUGAAUUUCAUCACUUUUAUAAGCACUGUUCUAAAAAAACAUUAUAGUGCAUCCAUUAAAAUUUUUUAAGUUGAUUUUCAUUCUUCUGACAAUUGCUUCAGUCUAAAGAACCAGAAUUUUUCUCUCUUUUCUUGCAUGAGAAACUUAAGAUAGUCAAUGCUCUUUUUGCAAGGCACUUUAUUGCAUGUAUCAUGAAAUGUAUUCAAGCUGUCUUCCUUCACACAAAACUCCCAGACCCCUUGCCCAAAACAAUUAAUGCAUCAAUCUUUCUAGUUGUUUAUUAUGGCAGUGGUGUUUCACCAAGGUUGCUUUUUUUCCAGUAGGAAGUCAUCAUAAUUAGUAUUUCAGCUAACAGUUACAGCCUGGAUUACAGGUUAACCCUUGAAAUUAAAUGGUGGUACAGAAUGCAAAACCAGACUAAGACAUUCUGGGGAUUAAUAGGUGCUACUGAAGGUGUUUAGCAUGUGCUCGUGGUCACAUCCCAGACUUUCUGGAAUAAACACUCUCUCUCCCACCACAGGCUUGGAAAUGGUGCUGUGAAGCUGAGAGGACUUCUAGGGCAGAGCUAAGCCCAGUCCCACCAGCUUCUGCAGGGGAAAGGGAUUUCAUAACUACAGGGAAAAAUCCUGACAUUUUCUGUCAGGCAGAAUUUCUUUGCUGUCCACGCAAGUUUUAUUGGGCUGAGUUGUGGUGCAAGCAAAAUACAUUUUUUCAGCUAUUUCCAGCAGAGAUCUGUUUAGUGAAAUCUCAUGAAAGAAAUGCAUAAUAUGCCAGUGGCUCUGGGCCUAGAACAGAAUUUGAAGUCUUACAGACCUUGCCCUCAAGCAGGGCAGGGGGUAGAACUGGCUAUUUUUUGUCAAGAUGUAGUAAAUGAGGAGUUAUUGCUUUUCUUCAGUAGCAGCUGUUCAAAGCUGGUGGACGUAUUCCAAUGGAAUCCACAAACCAGCAGAUUGAUAAUUACACAAAAGUAAAGGGAGUUGAAAUAUUAACAUCCUGUUUAAUUCAUGACAUGAAUAUAGAUGCUAUACUAAGAAAAGAAAACUAAAUUAUUUCAUUGUGCAUUGCAUGGAUAGUGUGAAAAGCUACAGUAAGUGCAAACAAUUUUAACAAACAGGAACUCAGUUGCUUUGUACAAUAAAAUAACUAAAUAGAAUUCAGUUGCUUAAUCUUAAUAAGAACAUUGAUAUUAUAAUACUUUCUGAAUUUAAUAGAACUGUAUAUAUGAAUGGAGGAUGUAAAAUUAUUGUAAUUUAAAAUUAUGUUAAGUCUCUUAGAUAAGUAAAGGCAUUUACAUUGCUAUUAUGAGACUGUAGAAUAUUUUUAUAAUAAUUGCUAUUUUUCAUUGUUAACCAUAUAGUAUCUUGUUUUCUAAGUCAUUGUAUGCAGACAGAAUGUACUUUAUUACGCACUAUAUAUGCAAUCUUUUUACAAUUACAUUUUAUACUUGCUGGAAUUUUAUGCUUAUUGUAUGAAUAUAAUUAAAGGACUGAAAUGAAAACAUCUUUUUAUAUGUCCCUUGUCAAACUUCACUGUCCA